AUGUCAGACCAGAACAGAAUAAAUGAAGUAAAAGGACAAGCAAACAAAGCCAGCCGAAUAUCAGGCGCACUCAGGGACACAAGGGCAAAAGUUAAAAUAUACAAAACCUGCGUUAGACCCUUAUUGACAUAUGCUAUAGAAACAAGAGCGGACAACAAAAGAACUAAAAACAUCAUUCGAACAACAGAAAUGAAACAUAUGCGGAUAUACAAAAGAGACAGAAAGAGAAACACAGACAUAAGACACGAAUGUGAGGUGGAAGACAAAGUCAGAUGCGGACGUGAACGUAGAAGAGCUUGGAACGAACACGUGGACAGGAUAAUCAGAGAAAGAUUAGCAAAGUUCGCACGAGACGGUAAACUAGGGACACGACGACCUUUAGGAAGACCUCCAAAAAGAUGGAUGGAUUCGUGGACAUCAACAUCUCAAGGAUAA